GGGGCCGCCCCGCCCCGCCCCGCCCGUGGCCGCCCCCCCCCCCGCCCGCUCCCCGCCGCCCCCAUGGACAGGAACUACCCGGCCGCCGGCUUCGGGGACCCGCUGGCCGCCGGGCCCAGCUGGACCUACGAGCGCUCCGCCAAGGCCAGCCUGGUGUACGGGGGCUCGCGGGCGUCACACCCCGACCCCGACCUGCUGCACCGCCAGCCCUACGGCGCCCCCCACCCGCUCCAGGGCUAUGCCGCCAACCACCACCCCGCAGGGCUCUCGGGGCUCUUCGAGACGGGGCUGCACCACGCUGGCGGCGCCGCGCCCGACGCCUCCGUCAUGAACCUCAUCUCGGCGCUGGAGUCGCGGGCGCCGCAGCCCGGCCCCUCCGCCUCCUCCCUGCUCUCCCAGUUCCGCACCCCCUCCUGGCAGACCGCCAUGCACACGCCGGCGCCGGCCGAGCUGUUCAUCUCGGGGGCUCUGCCGGGUUCGGGCACGUUCCCCUCGUCGUCGGCGCUCAGCGCCUACCAGCACCCGGCGUCGUUCAGCGGGCGCAGCUUCCCGGUCAGCUCCCCGCUCAGCCUGCCCGAGGCCGCCUUCAGCCCCGGCUCCAACGGGCUCCUCUCCCCCCACGACCCCCUGCUGCACAUCAAACCCACCCAGCCCAGCGUCCCCUCCUCCCUGGGCUUCGAGCGGCUCGGCAGCGCCGUCCUGGGCUCCGGUUUGCCGGCGCAAGGUUCGGCCUAUCGAGGACCGCCCAGUUCGUCCCAGUUUAACCUCCUUUCGGCUCCUUUGGCCGCUCCGGCGGAACAACCGGCUCAACUCUACAACGCUUCGGUUUUCGGCGGCGGCGGAGGCGACCGGGCCGUGCCGCGGCAAGACAGCGUCAUCAAGCACUACCAGCGGCCGGCGGGCGCACAGCCGCAGCUACCGCCGGCGGCGCACAGCCUCCAGCACUACCUGAGCUGCGGCGGCACCUACCAGCAAAUGCCGCACCGCGCCGCCCUCUCCUGCAGCCCUUUGGGCGAACAAUCCCCCGCCAGCUCCGAGGGGUCUCAACAACCCCCUAAAAACGCCCCGGCUCCUCGUCCGGAACCGACGCAGAGUUACCGACCCAUCAUUCAAUCGCCGGCGUACUCCGGCGGUAGCGGCGGCGCCGGAGCGACGGGCGGCGGCGGCGGCGGCGGCGGCGGCAACGGCGGCACCAAAUCCAAGAGUUACUCGGCGUCGCGACAGACCCCUCGCUCCACCGCCACCCCCAAGUGCCAAAGCAGCUACACCCCCAGCACCCCCAAACCCAGCUCCGUCAUCGCCAGCCAGUCGCCCGCCUAUUCCCCGGGGCAACCCCAAAACCUGCUGGCCAUGGGGCCGGCCCCCGGUUACGGCACCAACCCCCCGGCCCCCCAAAACCUAGGGGCCGGCGGGCAGCCCGCCGGGGGCUUCAGCGGCGGGCAGGGUGGGGAGCUGGGGGGCAAAGCCCCCAGUUACCCGGCCGGGGGGCAAGGCGGGGGGCCGGGGGGCCAGGGCGGGCAGGGGCUGCAGCCCUGCGUCAGCCAAGGGCAGACCUACUCCCCCGAGCAGCUGCAGGCGCUGCCGUACGGGGUGCAGCCCGAGGGGGGGCAGGCGGCGGCGUACGGCCCCCCGGCCCCCUCCCAGGGCUUACCCACCGCCAGCCCCUCGCUCAGCUACAGCACCGGCCACUCGCCCGCCAUGCCGGCCCCCCUCCCCUACGCCGGCCUGGGGGGCUCCAGCCCCUCGCCCAUCAUCCGGCCCCUGCAGUCCCCCCCGGCCGCCCGGCCCCAGAGCGGGGCGUCGCCGGGCCAGUCCCAAAAAUACCUGGGUUCGGUGUUAUCGCCCUCCUUCAUGGCACCGGGUUACGGCGGGGGGCCGGGGGGGCUGGAGCGACCCCCCGCUUUCGGCAAAGGCGGGAAGGGCGACGCGGAGCUGCUGGCGGCCGAACGGAGCGAGGACGAGGAUUUCCUCAUCCAGCACCUCCUGCAAGCCCCCAGCCCCCCCCGCGGGCCGGCCGAGGGGCUGGGGGCCUGCGAGGAGCGGGGGGGGGCGGGCAAAGGUUUGGGGGGUUACGGGGGGCUGGGGAAGGCGGAGGAGAGGUACCAGCUGCAGAGCGUCAUCCGGCCCAAUUCCAACCUGGAAGGGCCGGCGGCGCUGGAGCUGGCCCUGCUCAAGGAAAAGAAAAAACCCGAGCGAGGCAAGGAGUAUCGGGGGGCCGGCGGGGGGGCCGGCGGCGGGGGCGAGGGGCUGGCGGCCACCUCGGUGGUCCACUACGGCCACCAGCCCCCCCCCCUCGAUUCCUACGGGCAGGAGCUGAAGAAGCCGGCCGAGCACUUGGCCGCCGGCAAGGAGCUGGGGCAGCCCCACGCUUACCUGCCCAAGACCCCCGAGCACGGGCGGCUGGUGGCCGAGGGACCCCCCCUGGAGCCCCACGGGCUCCUCUUGGACCCCCCGCCCGAGCUGGGGCCGGUGCCGGUGGUGCCGGUGGCCGUACCGGUGCCCGGGGGGUCCCUCCUCCCCUCCGUCCUGACCCACACCCAGAGCCAGCUGCACCCCCGCGCCAAGGGGAGACCCCCCCUGGACGUCCACCUCCUGGACAGCAGCGGAUGCCGCCCCCCCCCGCCGCCCCCUCCGCCGCCCCCCCCGGCUCCCCCGGCCCCGCCGGCCCCCCCGGCCGCCCCCUCGCCCCAGCUGCUGCUGGAAGCCCACCUGCACCAAGCCCACGUCCGUUCGCAGGGGCUGGACCCCCAGGCCCCCCCGCCGCUGCCCCCCGAACCCAUGGAGGUGCUGCCGGCCCCCCAGGAGAUCCAAGACUUUCUGGAGCCCCCCUUGGGGUUGGAGCCUCACCUGGGACAAGCCGGGGGGGUGCAGGGACCCCCCGGUCACCUCCUGGACCCCGAGGGGGGUCCGUCGGUGGCCCCCGCCCCGCUGGAAGCCAAGGACCAGUUUGCCGAGGGGGGGAGCCCGGCGGGGGGCAAGGGCCGCUUCGUCCCGCUGACGUCCAUCUGCUUCCCCGACGCCCUGCUGCAGGACGAGGACCGCGGCUUCUUCCCCGGCAUGGAGGACAUGUUCGGGCCCCCCCCCGAAGACUUCCCCAAGACCACCGAGGAAGAGGAGGAGGAAGGGACGGCGGGGUUGGAAGCCCGUCCCGAGGGGCUGAAGGCUCCCCCUUACGACAUGGGGCAGAGCUACCCCGCCUUCUGCCCCGCCGAGGGGGCGGCCGGCGAAGCCCCCCCGCUGGGCUUGGAGCCCCCCAAACACGAGCUGCCCUCCACCGUCAACGCCGAGCCCUUGGGCUUGAUCCAGAGCACGGGCGAGGGGACCAAACCCCCGCUGGCCGCCCCCCUUUUCUGCUCCUCCAAACCCAAGAAGCUGCUCAAAACCUCUUCCUUCCACCUCCUCCGCAAGCGGGACCCCUUCCCGCCCCCCAAAAAAACCUACGCCCAGGAGUACGAGUUCGAGGACGACGAGGACAAGGCCGACGUCCCCGCCGACAUCCGCCUCAACAGCCGCCGCCUGCCCGACCUCCUGCCCGACCUCAUCUCCAGCUGCCGAGCCCGCCCCAGCCUCAGCCCCAUGGGCGACAUCGACUUCUGCCCCCACCCGGGACCCCACCCCGGACCCAAGAAACGCGGCCGCAAACCCACCAAGCCCAAACGCGAGGGACCCCCGCGCCCCCGCGGGCGCCCCCGCAUCCGACCCUUGGCCGAGCCGCCCGGCCUCUUGGCCCCCGACGGCCCCAAAAAGCCCCGGGGACGAGGACGGGGACGGGGCAAGAAGGGCGGCGAGGAGGGGGCCGACGGCAACGGCCUCGAGCCCCUCAAGCCCCUCAAGAUCAAGCUGGCGGUGCCGAAGGGGGGGGAGGGCGCGGUGCCCUCGGAAGGGGGUGCCCCCCCCGCCGCAGGCGCCCCCCCGCCGGGGGCCGAGCCCCCCCUGGACAGCAGCCAGACGCGGGAGCGCAUCAAGCAGAAGAUCAAGGAGGUAGAGGAGAAGCAGCCGGAGAUGAAGUCGGGUUUCAUGGCCUCCUUCCUCGACUUCCUCAAAUCCGGCAAGCGCCAGGCUUUGCCCCCCGCCGCCACCAGCCCCUCCAAGACCCCCCGCGUGCCCCCCGCCGCCCCCUUUGCCGUCGGCCCCCCGAUCCUCCCGGGGGGGCUGGAGGGGGCGGAGGGCGAGGGGCUGGUGAUGGCGUGUCCCAGCCCCUGCAAGCGGCUGGACGAGGAGCUGAAGCGCAACCUGGAGACGCUGCCCUCCUUCUCCUCCGACGAGGAGGACUCGGUCAGCAAGAACCAGGACCUGCAGAAGAGCAUCUCCUCCGCCAUCUCGGCCCUCUACGACCCCGCCGACCGCAAGGACCCCGACCCCGCCGACGUCCCCCCACCGGAGGAGAAGCCACCGAGCCCCGCGCCCUCGGAGAGCUCCCAGCCCGAACCCCCCGCCCCGGUGGCUCCGGUGGCCUCGGUGGCCCCGGCGUCCCCCCCCCCGGUGGCCAAAGCCCCCCCCGAGCCGGUGGCCCCCGCGUCCCCCGAGCGGGAGGAGCCCGAGGACUCGCGGCCGCUUCACCUGGCCAAGAAGCAGGAGACGGCGGCCGUGUGCGGCGACACCGACGAGGACGAGGCCGAGAGCGGCGGCGAGGGCAUCUUCCGCGAGAGGGACGAGUUCGUCGUCCGCGUGGAGGACAUCCAGGCCCUCAAGCUGGCGCUGCAGACGGGCCGGGAGCCCCCCCCGAUCUGGCGGGUGCAGAAGGCGCUGCUGCAGAAGUUCACCCCCGAGAUCAAGGACGGGCAGCGGCAGUUCUGCGCCACCAGCAACUACCUGGGGUACUUCGGGGACGCCAAGAACCGGUACCAGCGGCUCUACGUCAAGUUCCUGGAGAACGUCAACAAGAAGGAUUAUGUGCGGGUCUGUUCCCGCAAGCCCUGGCACCGGCCCCUCGCCGCCGUCAGGAGGCAGAGCCAGCCCAAAACCAGCGGCCCCAAAGCCCCGGCCCCCCCCAAAGCGGAGAAACCGGAGCCCCCCGAAAAACCCCCCAAACCCGAACGCCCCGAAAAGCCCCCUCGACCCGAGAAACCCCCCAGGCCGGAGAAACCCCCCAAACCUGAAAAACCCCCCAAAACAGAAAAACCCGAACCCCCGGCCCCGCGCCGGCCGCGGGCCCCCCCCGCGUCCCCCCCCGGCCCCCCCAAACCCAAACCCAAGCCCCCCAAAGUCAAAGCGGAGCCGCCCCCCAAAAAGAGGAAAAAAUGGCUCAAAGAAGCGGCGACGUCAUCGGAGUCCGAGUCGAGCCCCGACCCCCAGAGCGAGGACGAGCGAGCGCCGCCGGGGCGGGUGCUGAACACGCGGGCCAUGAAGGAGAUGUACCGCAGCUACGUGGAGAUGCUGGUCAGCACCGCCCUCGACCCCGACAUGAUCCAGGCGCUCGAGGACACCAACGAUGAGCUCUACCUGCCCCCCAUGCGCAAGAUCGAUGGGAUCCUCAACGACCACAAGAAGAAGGUCCUCAAGCGGGUGACGCUCAAUCCCUCGCUGCAGGAGGCCCUGCACACCUUCCCCCAGCUGCACGCCGAGCCCGGGGAGUCGCUGGUGAAGCUGCGCCCCGGCGGGGAGCCCUACAACCGCAAAACCCUCAGCAAGGUCAAGAGGAGCGUGGGCAAACCCCAGGAGUUCAAGGUGGAGGUGGAAAAGUCCUUCUUCUACACCCUCUACCACUCGCUGCACCACUACAAGUACCACACCUUCCUGCGCUGCAAGGACGAGACGACGGCCAUCGAGGGGCAGGACGAGGACCUGGGGCAGGAGGAGGUGGUCCAGCAGUGCAUGCGCAACCAGGCCUGGCUCGAGCGCCUCUUCGACUCCUUCAGCGACCUCCUGGCCCAGGCCCAGACCAAGUGCGCCUGAGCCGCCGCGGACCCCCGGGCACGGGGGGCUCCGACACCCCCCUGCGGGGACGGGGACCCCCCCGCGGGGUCGGGGAACCCCCCCUGUGGGGACAGAGGCAGCCCCCCGUGGGGACAGAGCUACCCCCCAAGCGGGGAUGGGGGCCCUCUGAUGGGGACAGAGACACCCGCUGCGGGGAUGGGGACCCCCUGAUGGGAUGGGGACCCCCCCGCGGGGACAGAGACACCCCCCGUGGGGACGGGGACCCCCUGAUGGGGACGAGACACCCCCUGUGGGGAUGGGGAACCCCCCCCGUGGGGAUGGGGAACCCCCCCCGUGGGGGACAGAGACACCCCCUGUGGGGAGGGGGAACCCCCCCUGGGGACAGAGACACCCCAUGCAGGGGCUGGGGACCCCCCUGUGGGGAUGGGGAACCCCCCCCGUGGGGACAGAGACACCCCCUGUGGGGAUGGGGACCCCCCCCUGUGGGGAUGGGGACACCCCCUUUCACACACACACCCCCCCCAUGGGGACAGGGGACACCCCCUGUGUGGACAGUGACACCACCCCCCCCCCCCGUGGGGAUGGGGACCCCCCCGUGGGGACAGGGACCCCCCCAUGGGGUGGGACGCCCCCCCCCCCCCCCAGCAUGGGAACAUGUGCCCCGGAAUGGGGCCAAAUUGUCCUGAGUGGGGAUGGACCCCCCCCCCAAAACGGGGACAGACCCCCCAGACGGGGACAGGACCCCCCCCCCGGAGCGGGGACACACCCCCCCCGG